GUGUUCCACAUACAUCGGUGUUCCACUUACACAUGUGUUCCACAUACAUAUGUGUUCCACAUACACAUGUGUUCAACUUACACAUGUGUUCCACAUACACAGGUGUUCCAAAUACACAGGUGUUCCACUUACACAUGUGUUCCACAUACACAGGUGUUCCACAUACACAGGUGUUACAAAUACACAGGUGUUCCACUUACACAUGUGUUCCACUUACACAGGUGUUCCACUUUACAGAUUUUACUGUACUAUAGAUUAACAAUGGUGAUAAUCAACAAUAAAGAAGAUAAAAACUCCUGUCACUACAGGAAACCAUCAUAACUACAACAUGGUAUAUGCUUUAUGCUCAAAACAAAUGAUAUGUCACAAAUGAGUUGAUGAAAUUAGCUGCCAUAAUCUUAUAGCAAUGAACUAUUUUGUAGAAUUGGGGAGUAGCAGUUGACAUUGUAUAGUGUGGCUAGACUGGGACUGACACUGCAUGAUGUGGCUGAAUGGGGAUUGACAUUGCAUUGAAUGAUGUGGCUAGACAGGGAUUGGCAUUGUAUGAUGUGGCUAGACAGGGAUUGACAUUGUAUGAUGCGGCUAGACAGGGAUUGACAUUGUAUGAUAUGACUAGACAGGGAUUGACAUUGUCUGAUGUGGCUAGACAUGGACUGACAUUUUAUGAUGUGGCUAGACAGGGAUUGACAUUGUAUAAUGUGGCUAGACAGGGAUUGACAUUGUAUGAUAUGACUAGACAGGGAUUGACAUUGUCUGAUGUGGCUAGACAUGGACUGACAUUUUAUGAUGUGGCUACACAGGGAUUGACAUUGUAUAAUGUGGCUAGACAGGGUUUGACAUUGUAUGAUGUGACUAGACAGGGAUUGACAUUUUAUGAUGUGGCUAGACAGGGAUUGACAUUUUAUGAUGUGGCUAGACAGGGAUUGACAUUGUAUAAUGUGGCUAGACAGGGUUUUACAUUGUAUGAUGUGACUAGACAGGGAUUGACAUUUUAUGAUGUGGCUAGACAGGGAUUGACAUUUUAUGAUGUGGCUAGACAGGGAUUGACAUUGUAUAAUGUGGCUAGACAGGGAUUGACAUUUUAUGAUGUGGCUAGACAGGGAUUGACAUUUUAUGAUGUGGCUAGACAGGGAUUGGCAUUGUAUAAUGUGGCUAGACAGGGUUUGACAUUGUAUGAUGUGACUAGACAGGGAUUGACAUUUUAUGAUGUGGCUAGACAGGGAUUGACAUUUUAUGAUGUGGCUAGACAGGGAUUGACAUUGUAUAAUGUGGCUAGACAGGGAUUUACAUUGUAUGAUGUGGCUAGACAUGGACUGACAUUGUAUGAUGUGACUAGACAGAAAUUGACUUUGUAUGUCAUGGAUUUGGAGGAACUGAGUUGACAAGGUUAGGGGGUUGAUAUUGAAAAAAGGGGUUGACAUUAUAUGAUGUCGGGAUAGAAAUAAUAUAAUAUGUGACUAUGCAAUGAUGUUUUAUGGCUAUGUAGUGAAGUAUGUAAAUUGUGAUUUCAGGGGAUUCACACAAAAUCUAGGAAGGGUUUGUUAAAAGCAUAGGAUGAUGUAAAUGAAUAGCUAUAGUGUGGUUAUGUGACACAUUCUGGGAUUAAUGUUAGUAUAUUAUCCUUACAACAUUAUAUAGUUAUGUUCCAUUUAAGACAAGAUAAAGCAUCCCGCCUGUAGCAGCAAAUGUUAGAGUAAGGUAAAUAGCUAGAAACACCGUCUGAAAUGUGUCCCCUUCCUCCUGAAAUCAGGAAGCACAUUUAUUAUUACACAAUGGAUUAUUACAAA